UGAAGCAGGGGGCGGGUCAGGGACGAAUCGGCGGCCUUGGUUGCGGUGUUGGACACGUCGAGCCGGUCAGAAGUGGAGGGGGCUUCUGAAGAGUCUUGAGGGGCUUACGAGUUAAGGUUCUGGAAGGGAGGAGCCGGUGGCGGAACUCGAUCUGGGAAGGAUCUUCUGCUGACCCUCAACGUUAACUGGAAAGAUGGACCAUUCCCACCAUAUGGUGAUGAACCCUAUGGACAACAACAGUACUGGUCACCACCACCCAGACACUCCAGCGUCCCACUCGCAUGGAGGGGGAGGCAGCAACGCGAUGAUGAUGCCAAUGACCUUCUACUUUGGCUUUAAGAAUGUGGCACUGUUGUUUUCUGGCUUGGUGAUCAAUACAGCUGGAGAAAUGGCUGGAGCUUUUGUGGGAGUGUUUUUACUAGCAUUGUUCUAUGAAGGACUCAAGAUAGCCCGAGAGAGCCUGCUGCGCAAGUCACAAGUCAGCAUUCGGUACAAUUCCAUGCCUGUCCCAGGACCAAAUGGAACCAUUCUUAUGGAGACACACAAAACUGUUGGACAGCAGAUGCUGAGCUUUCCUCAUCUCCUGCAAACAGUGCUGCAUAUCAUCCAGGUGGUCAUCAGCUACUUCCUCAUGCUCAUCUUCAUGACCUACAAUGGGUACCUCUGUAUUGCUGUAGCAGCAGGAGCCGGCACAGGAUACUUUCUCUUCAGCUGGAAGAAGGCAGUGGUAGUGGACAUCACAGAGCAUUGCCAUUAACAUCAAACUCCACAGUGUGGCCUUACCGAUUGCAGUGGGAAGCAGUUCAAGACUGGAAGAUGUAAUUCAUACUCCAAUCUUCCUUUCUUGCUCCUUAUCUCAUACAUACACCUGCUCAACACAGGUUGCGCUUACAGUCUCUGAGCUAAAGGGGGAACCCCUGUGAUUGUUCCUUUUCCUGCGCUGAGAUUCCCAUUUCUCUUGAGAUGAAGCCACCCAUGAGAUGUCUUCUUCUCCACCGUUAUCUUAGAUCCCAGUUACGUGUUCUGGUCUAAUCCAGGUAGCUUUCUAUUCAAUGACUUGAUCACCUGCUUUCUUUUUUAGCCUUCUGUUUUUAUUUUUAAUAGACAAUCUGUGAAUUUGGUGGGGUUUUCCUGGGUCAGUGGUGGGAAGGAUUAACUUCAGCUAGGAUCCAUGGCAGCUGAGGGAAAUUCUUGCCCAACUAAACCCAGAACCCAAAUUUAACAUUAAAAAAUAAGUUCCAGUCUUUGGAUUCAAUGAGUGGGAAAUACAUUGUGCCUUUCUCUAGGUGCGAUGUGUUGCACUGAAUAUUUGUAGUGGGCAGAGGGUAGUUUGAGACUAAAUACAGACCUGGAGCUUGUAGAAAUGCACAUUGUGGGUGGCUGACUUAUUGACUGUGUUCCCGCUUAACAUUUUGAUUAGAAUGAACUUGGCAAUCAGAAAAAGAUGACAGUCAAUUGGAGGAAAUAGAAAUACAUAUUUUAAAAUAAAGCCAUUGACAUUUUGCUGAAUGUAGCAAAA